AGGGCCCGGGCCGGCGGGGAGCCAUGGCGGCGGCGGCGCUGCUGAGGAGGGCGGGCCGGGCUCACACCUUGAGCUUGGGCGGGCUCCGGAGCCUCGCCGGGCGGCCCCUGCCCUUGGCCGAGGCCGAGACGCCCGGGACAACCGAGCCCGCGGAGCCCCGAGCCCGCCGGUGGGCGGCGGCCGCGCUGGGCGCGGGGACGGCGGCGCUGCUGCUGCUGUGGGGCUCUGGGGGCCGCAGGCGACGGCCGGGCUUGGGCCUCACGCCCCCAGCUGUCCUGGCCGCUGUCCCCACGCCUCCGCCCUCCUCCCCGCGGCGGCUCUACAACUUCAUCGCAGACGUGGUGGAGAAGACUGCGCCCGCCGUGGUCUACAUCGAGAUUCUGGGCCGACACCCCUUCUCUGGUCGAGAGGUCCCCAUCUCCAAUGGCUCGGGCUUCAUCGUGGCCUCUGACGGCCUCAUCGUCACCAAUGCCCACGUUGUGGCUGACCGGCGGCGGGUCCGUGUGCGACUGCUCAGUGGGGAGACCUACGAGGCCACUGUUACCGCUGUGGACCCUGUGGCUGACAUUGCCACACUCAGGAUCCCAACCAAGGACUCCCUCCCCACGCUGCCCUUGGGCCGCUCUGCUGAAGUUCGCCAGGGUGAAUUUGUUGUUGCCAUGGGAAGUCCUUUCGCCCUUCAGAACACCAUCACCUCUGGCAUUGUUAGUUCAGCCCAGCGUCGAGCCCGGGACCUCGGCCUGCCUCAGCCCAACGCUGAGUAUAUCCAGACCGACGCUGCUAUUGAUUUUGGAAACUCUGGGGGCCCUCUGGUUAAUUUGGAUGGAGAAGUGAUUGGGGUGAACACAAUGAAGGUCACAGCUGGGAUCUCUUUUGCCAUCCCCUCUGAUCGCUUGCGGGAUUUUCUGCAGCGAGGGGAGAAGAAGAGUUCCUGGUUUGGGAGCAAUGAGUUGAAACGUCGAUACAUUGGGGUGAUGAUGCUAACACUAACACCUAGCAUCUUGGCCGAGCUGCAGCUUCGGGAGCCGAGUUUCCCUGAUGUCCAGCAUGGUGUCCUGAUCCACAAAGUCAUUCUGGGCUCCCCUGCACACCGGGCUGGUCUGCGGCCAGGGGACAUAAUUCUGUCCAUUGGGAAUCAGGCAGUGAAAUCAGCAGAAGACGUAUAUGAGGCUGUUCGUACACAACCCAAGCUGGCCAUGCAGGUCCGAAGAGGGUUGGAUACACUGACCCUGUUUGUGACUCCAGAGGUCACUGAGUGACCAGAUGGACAGAAGGGCCUAAGUCCUUACAUAAUCUUGUUUACUCCAAAUGGAAGGAGAAGGGGAGGGUAUGGCCCUUGCCCUGUCUCCAUACCCUUUUUCCAUGAGGCUGGAAUAGCUUGGGAGGGGGGUCAAGGUGGGGAAUGAGCCAGGGGAGGGCAGGCCCUCCCCCUUAUAUACCCCAAAGAAACAGGAGAAAUGUUUUAUAUAAAAUAAAAUAAAAAUAAAAUAAAAUUUUAA